UUUAAUUUUGCAAUGAACUGCAGUUUAGUCUGGAUUUUCUUAAUACUUUGUGCAGUUCAUAGUCAAGCGCAGGGUGAUUGCCUUGGUACUGUUAGUCCCGCUGAUCCGAAGUGUUUUCCGGAUAGAGAUGUAGGACAUACUAAAAGAUCAUACUGCAGCAGGAAUGCCAAUAAUGUCAUGUGGUAUUACGACUCGUCUAGUGGAUCCUGCAGAACAUUCGCCUAUAAAGGCUGUGGCGGCAAUAAGAAUCGUUUCUGUACUUGGGAGGAUUGUGUAACGGAAUGCAAAAGACUUGACAAAGCUUGAAUUAAGUAUAAAGAAUUUCACUUCAUAAAUUACAUUCGUAAGUUCUUUAUACUUUAUUGCAUUAUUAAAACAUAAAUGAUUCAAGCAUGGUUAAGCAUUUCAAUAUGUAGCAGAAUGCAAAAGAUCUGACAAAUUAUACAAUUUAU